GUUUCAAUUGAUUUCAAUUCAUUAAAAAUAUAUAUUAUCAUUAAAUUGUUUCAUCAAAUUUCUUCAGGUAUGACAUCAACAAAACAAGCGAUUAGUCAGCCAUUGGUGGCAAAGAAAAUGGGUUUAACUAACGAUUCUUCGAGUCGACAAUCGUUUGAUCGUUUCGGCGAUGAUUUGUCAGAACUCAUGUUAUCUUAUCUGACAUUUGAGGACAAACUAAGACAUGAAUCGGUGUCCAAACAAUGGCAUCAAUUGAUACCACAGACUGUGACAGACAUUAGAUUUGAUGAGAAGUUCCUGCAAAUAACCGACAACUCGUUGACCGCACUGUUGUCGAAGUGUCCAAACAUUACAAGCAUUGAUAUUAGUCUUUUGGAUUUUACUAAAGAUUAUACCUAUAGUUUUUCAUCAAUUAACCGAUACUUAUCUAUAUUGUCAUUAAUUAUCCGAUACUGUCCACAGUUGCGACACAUCUAUAUAGACAGAAACGUUGGUACAAACAAUUUGGUGUCACUCUACGAUAUAAUCGAUGAAUUGGUUCCACUCUUUCAUAGACUCAAUCAAUUGAUUCCAGAAUAUGAUAGACUAUUCACUGUCUUUGCCGAACAAUUGCAGACAAUUCAAGUGAAAGAUCAAGUCUUUAAACUACUGAACAAAGUUCUCAUCAAACAUCUCAAGAAGUGUACAAAUCUAUCGACAUUUAGCGACUCUGUGCCUGAAAUUUAUAGACAGUUGACUAUUGAACCGCUAUUCAAGAGACUGAAGAAACUUGAGAUCAAUGUCUUAAAUAAGAAAAUGGUUAACAUUUUUCAAGAUAUUGUCCGACUAUAUGGCAAACAAUUGACUGUAUUGUAUGUGGAAAUCAUUUUGGAUGAAAUUAGUGACCACUUUAAGACAAUAAUGACCGGUUUGUCACAAAUGUCACAAUUGUUUGACUUAAAUAUUAAACUUAAUGAUAUCGACAAUACUGAUUGGACACAAUUGUCGCAACUGUUGCCACCAAUUGGUCACAAUUGUUACCGAUUGAAGAGAUUGACAAUUUGUUUAGAAACUAAUGAAAUCGAUGACGAAAUUGGCAGCAAUUUAUUGAAAAGUAUUUUCGAUAAUUUUAAACAAUUAAAGCGAUUGUUUUUGAUUGAAAAAUCUCGUAAUGGUAUUGAUUUGAUUGGAUCAGAUGACAAUCAUCAGAUGAUGAAUGGAUUCAAACAGUUAACACAUUUGUCGAUCAUAUCAAAGAAGAUGUCGACAACCGAUCAUCACUUUAUCAGUAAUAUUGUCGCUAACUGUCCUCGACUUCAAUAUCUUGAAUACACGGGUUAUUGCAUUGAUUCAAAUGGAUUGCAAUCGUUGUCACAAUUACCACAUUUGCGGACAAUUAUCUUAAACAAUGUCUGUAACGCCGAUUUGAAUGCUAUUCAAAAUUGUAGAAAAAUUUGCAAAGUUUUCAUUUCCGGUGAAAAUAAUAAAUUGCUGUGA